UUUUGUUGUAUAGCUGUGUUGUUCCACUGAGGGCAAAGUGUUUCUGUGAGAGGAAUCAAAGAGAUUCAUCAAUGUCACAGCCAGCCAAUCUCAGAGUGAUACUUUCAGACCAUAAUGUUCAGAAACUGACAUUACCAUCUGGAAUCCCAGGAACAGUUGAAGAGCUUCAUUCAAUUGUCCAAGUUACAUUUGGGAUUCCUGGGGAUUUCUGUCUACAUUUCAAGGAUGCUGACUUCGGAAACGAAUUUUUCUCCUUGAUUUCAACAACUUGCAUCGUGGACAAGGACACUAUCAAGGUCGUGUAUAUUGAUGAACCUCCGACCGUAACUCUGACCUUAACAGAUGUAGACAGCUCCUUUGCAAGUAUUUCUGAUUGUUCGCCUCUGCCUUCUGAUGAUGUCUGCUCAUCUGCAUCCUCCCAUGACACGUUACCUGUUUCUCCAAGACCAAUGACUGAAAUCCCCGCCCAGCGGUCAAAGGGGUGGCCCGCAGAAUUUCUAAUCCCUCGUUUCUCUGCCAACACAGAGAUUCUGCUUCAGUCAGGCAAUGAAAAGUUCAGUUGUUCUGGGAUUCUUUUUGGUACCAAUGAUCUCAUCUCACUACUUCCAGACAUUCUGGGAAAUUUAGCUGAGGCCAUAUUUGAGUACACAGCUUAUCCAUCAAGUGCCAAACUAAGUCAAGUAGCAGAGGCCCUGGUCAAAAAACAUCCCUGCCUCAAGGAGCCCGGGUCCUUCAAUGGAUGUUAUGGAUGGAUCCAACGGCUCAAAUAUAAAAUGAACAACUUCAGGUCCAAACUUCGUGGGACUGGCUGCCCAGAAAUUGUGGUUAACUCACUGAAGAGGAAAGUGUCACAUGAGCAGACUCCUGCGAAAAAUGUUAAAAAGGCAAAAAAGGCUGAAGUAAAUUACUUACCUCCUCACCCACAAGAUAAAUGA